AUGUUAACCGGAGCUGCACCUUUUUAUAGUCAAGAUCGAACUCUCAUGUUCAGAAAUAGAACUGAAAAACCAACAGAAAUGAAACCUUGGUUUUCUGAAACCUGUUCGAAUCUACUCACAGGAUUAUUAAAUAAUAAUGUAAAAAUAGUCCAUAUUAUCAGCCUAAAUAAAGAAUUAAUAUAUAAUAAAUAAAAAAACAUCCAUUCUUUUCAGAUCUAGAUUAGAAUUAAGCCUAAAAUCGUUAAUUAGUACCACCCAUUAUCCCAGAAUUAAAUGAUGAAUUAGAUCUAGAUAUUUUAAUAAAGUAAUCGCAUUAUCAUCAUAAGAUGUUUUUGGAUGAACCUCCUAUAGAUAGUCCAGUAAAGAGAAAAGAAUAAUUUGACAAUUACGAUUAUUUUACUUACGAUUCAGAAGCAAUAACAGAACCUUGA